GCUCCCGCUCACUCUUUGCUGUCGUUUGAACCUCAACUCAUUUCAACGGAUUCACCCUGAGGAUAACGGCGAGCAGAUACACACGAAGGGAUGGGACACUUGUAAAGGAGACUCUUUCAUCGGAAGAGGCUACAACGAGGCUUAACCAAUGGAGGACGAUCACAUUUCAUCACCUGGGCUCAGGCCUCUUUUCAUUAAAGAAGAGGAUGCAGAUCCGAACAUAAGCCUCAUGGAACAAAGUGAAUCUGGACUCACCUUCGCAGGAACACAGGUGAAUCAAUCAUCUUUAAUCAAGCCAUACUUGCAGGAGAUGGAUGGCUUAUUGAAGAGCUGUGAAGAGCUCACUGGUCUCUCUUUUGGCUCUCGAUUCAAUGAAACAAGCCUGGCCGAAACAUCUUAUAGCCACAGCAGAGAGGAAACCAAAGUAGAGAGCCACGGGGAAACAAUAUUUUCUCCCCAAGCAUAUCUUUCCACAAGCUACAUUGACACACACAUGGACGGGUCUGGAACAGAAGACCAACCAACACAAGACCAGUCGCAGAUGAUGGGCACCAUUGACAGGUGUCAAGUGACCUCAGGAGAUUUGCACCAAAAAGCAAUGCCUCUCACUUCAGCAGGAAAGAAACUGAGUGAAACCAUGGUGGAGUACGAGGGUCAGCUGUUGGGGAUGUUGGCUAUGUUGGAGAGCUGUAUGGAAGAGUCUGGGAUGGAUUUUGAGCCUCAAGGCUGGGCUACAGAAGCAAGCCAAGAGUAUGUACACAUCAGUAAGAAUCCUCACCGGGGUACAACACUGGUGCCCAUUCAGCAAGAAAGUCCAAGGAAGUUUGAAACCCAGCCGAUGCAGUUUGAAUACUUGGUUGGUCAACAUGUGGAGGACGAUAAAUCUCCAAAAAAAACAAGAUAUGAGGAAACAGUGGGUUCAGCAGGAAAUGGAAACCAGAGUGGCCUCUUAAUGGAAACACUGGAAUGGCAAGACCAGGGUGCGCUUGAUCCUCGGUUUAGGUUUUCAGGGCCAUCAAUGCCAUUGGAGAGUAAAGAAAAUGCUCCCAUGUACUGUGAGGCGAUGACAACUACUAAUAAAGCCACAUCUAACACAUCAGACAUAACUGGGAUUGAAGUCAACAACACAGAAGUGGCUGUUGAAGACAGACAGGAGGAUCUGGAAACUGGCAUGAAUGAACUUAGUGCUCUAGGAUGUCAGAUGGAGAAGUGCAUAGAGGAGGUUCAGCAGUUACAGAAGAGGAGAAAGGAGUUGCUCAUGGAGGUGCUGGAGUUGAGAGGGAAUAAAGACACUGAGGAGGCGGAGGGGAUCCAUGAAGAGGAGACAGAAGAACAAAUUGAAGGCAAGGUGGCAGAGCUGAUCAAGGCACUGAAGAGGGAGGAAGAAGGGAGAAGAGAGGAGAGGAAAAAAGAGAUUCAGAGCCUCAGGGAGGAGAGGGCAGAGGAGGAGAGGAGGCUGUGGAAGGUGAACCUGGAGAGGCAGGGGCUGCAUGACGAGUUUAGAAAGUUAAAGAGGAGGUUGUUCUCCAUGGUUAGGGACUGCGCUCACAACCAGGCCGCACUGAACACACAGCACCGUGAGGUGGAGCUGCUGAAGAGAGAAGAGGAAAGGCUGCAGUCGCUUGUGCUCCAGCUCACAGAAGAGUGUUCCCAGCGGAGGGCAGCGCAAAAUCAGCAGCUGUUAGACCUGAAGGCACAGCUUCAUGCCCGGAGCGCCAGUCAGACCUCCAACACCCAGGAUGAGCUGCAGCAGAGCAAGAGGCACUCCUGUGGAGACAUCCAGCAGUAUGUGCAGGCUGGGCUGAAAGCGCUGGAGGACAGGUAUGAACCCAUUCUGCUCACGUUGCUGAAGAGAAGGGAGACAACGGUGGAAGCGCUGGCGAAAGCCAGAGAGCAGGCACAAGAGAUGAGGGCCCAGCUCAGACCCCUGAAGGAGGAGAUCCAAAAGCUGAGUCUCCAGAGGGCUUGCUUAGAGGAGAAACUCAAACUGAUUCACAUACAUAGGAGAGAGGAUGUGGGGCAGUACAAGGAGACAGUGUACUUCCUGGAGGAAAGCAGCCGAGAGCUGAAGACAGAGCUGAAGAUUCAGAAGAGAAAAACCAAAGAGAUAGAGGAGCUGAGAGACAGCCUAACAAAACAAGUUCUCCUUUACAGGACGGCCAUUGAGGACCUCAACAAGCGUGACGACAAGGAAAAAACAUGAUUUUACGUUCUUGAUUUUAUAACUUUUUUUUGUUAGCAACAGUGAACUUCAAUUAAUGCACUUUACACACAUUUAAUGCUGUAGUUUUUAGAAUAGUCUGUGAAGAUUACCUAGACUGCAGCUUCUAGAACGUUUUUUUUAUGAAUAAAGCUUUUGUGUUGGUUGUAA